CAGGACAGGGAAGUGGGACUGUGCAGAGUCCAUACAUAUAGAAUGGGGACAGAUACCGAGAAUGACACCCGGCAUCCAGGACAGGAGUGGGACUGUGCAGAGUCCAUACAUACAGAAUGGGGACAGAUACCGAGAAUGACACCCGGCAUCCGGGACAGGGAAGUGGGACUGUGCAGAGUCCAUACAUACAGAAUGGGGACAGAUAGUGAGAUUUCAUUGCAGCACAGAAGACAAGAGAUGGGGGUC